GUCAAUUUGACAUUAGCAAAAAAAGCGGCAAAGCGGAAAGCCGGCUGUGUAAAUAUUUUGUUAUUAUACAAUUUUUACCAAAAAUGUGCGGCCUAGCAAGUGAUAAUCCACUCGAAGUGCAAAUAAAACUAAUAAGAAAGUAUUUAAAGUUGAAAAUAAUGGCGGACAACGUUUCAUUUCGUGGGCAUAGCCAGGAAAGAGAUCAUAUUUAUGAUUUGUUUAAAAGGACAGUUUCUCACGGUGAAUCGCAUUCAGCGUUGAUGCUUGGACCUCGGGGCUGUGGUAAAACUACUCUCAUAAACUCAGUUCUCCAUCAAAUCAGCAAGGAGGUGGAUUUAUCUAAUGAUGCCAUCAUAGUCAGGCUGAACGGGCUCAUACACCAUGAUGAAAAGAUAGCUUUGAAAUCUAUCACUGCUCAGAUGCAACUAGAAAACGCAGUAGGAGACCGUGUAUUCGGUACAUUUGCUGAGAACCUGGCGUUCCUGCUGAGCUGCCUGCAGAGCGGCGCGGACCGCCGCUGCAAGAGCAUGCUGUUCAUAUUGGAGGAGUUUGACAUGUUCUGUCACAGCGGACGCACGCAGACUCUGCUGUAUAAUCUGUUUGAUAUCACGCACAGUGAGCAGGCUCCUAUGUGUGUGUUGGGUGUAACAAACCGCCUAGACGUAAUGGACUUACUAGAGAAGCGAGUCAAGUCCCGCUUCUCCCACCGCCACCUGUUCAUAUUUCCCAACGAGCACGACUCACAGAGGGCGCCACAGUACAAGUAUAGAGAUGUACUAGUACAGUUACUGAGUUUGCCUGUACAGAAGGUUGUUAAAAAGAAAGCUAGGAGUCGUAGGAAUACUGUUUCAGAAGAGACAGAACCAGACACAGUUCUGGAAAACUCUCUACCUCCACAUAUCUUAGCCCGUUAUCCAGACUUUGAGCAUCUGAAUCCAGAUUUCAUUCUAGACUGGAACCAGCAUAUUGAAGGCAUGGCGGAAGAUUACAAAGUGAUUGAUUGUUUAGAGAAAUUGUGCUACUACAGCGUGAAUGAGCAAAUCUUUAGGAAUAUAUUGUUCGAACUAGUAUCAAAAUUAUCCUGCGACAGUCCGUACAUAGACGCGUCAGAUCUAUCAGCGAUCAUAGACAAGACAGUUGCGCCGGAGCAUAGAGUAAAGCUUCUCCAAUCAUUGUCUAUACUCGAGUUGUCUCUGGUCAUAGCUAUGAAACAUGGUAUGGAGAUAUUUGACGGGCAACCUAUGAAUUUUGAAAUGGUAUUGCAUAGAUACACAAAAUUCGCGAAUUCAAACUCGUCAACUCAAACAGUACCUCGUCCGGUCAUACUAAAAGCCUUUGAGCACCUGCAAGAGCUAGAAAUCAUAAUGCCAGUCAAAACUACGGACUCUAUAUACAAUGGAAGUGAAACCACGGCCAAUAGGGUUCAGAAAGAAUACAAGUUGUACACUCUAGCCGUCCCAAACGAAGAUAUUAGUGACGCCGUGAAGAAUUUCAAAGCUUUACCAACUGAAAUCAAUCAUUGGUUCAAUAAUUCUGUUAUUUGAUGUGUUUUUUUUUGGUAUGGCAACUUUGUAUUAAGUGUCAUUGUCAUUGUUAAAUUGAUUGAUUGAUUGUGCUGAUUUUGUUUUGAAAUGAUCUGAGAUAUUUUUUUUAACUUAAGUGCCACACUAGGAUUUUCUCUUGUGUCGUGGGUGCGUUCACAUACACAUGACACCCAUACCCGAAACAGCAAUUUGUGGAUUAUACAAAGAGUUGUUCCGUGCGGGAAUCGAACCCGCUACACGUUGCACGGCAGCCGGUAGCCCAGCCAACCGUUAACAGUAAUUCUAAGCAAUUUUAUUUUUUGUGUAAUGAAGUAAUGUAAAUUAAUUUAAUUAUAUCUUAUCGUAAAAACUAUAAGCUUAGUUUUUAUUUAAUUUACUUACGUACUUUAAAGGUAAGCGUUCA